AUGAGUAACGAGGAGAUUUCCGCUUCUUCAAAUUUGUAUAAAUCUUCUUCAGAUCUGUGCCGGAGAUUCUCUUCCGGUGGUGACGAGAUGACCAGCGGUGCUAUUAGAGAUUCGGAUCAGAGAUCUGCAGCGACGAGAAUUCUUGAAUGCACUAGGCAGUGGAGCCGGGCUGAAAAAUGGGAACUUGGAUGUCUUCCCAGUGAAAACAAUGAGCCUCUACUCAAUUUCUCAACUGGGAAGACAUCCAAGUUCCCAUUUUUCAGCCCGGCUCCACUGCCUAGUGCAUUCAAGAAUUCUCCUGCACCAUCAACAGCUAAGCAUAUUAAGGCCUUGCUUGCGCGGCGACAUGGCUUUGCCCACUAUACAUAA